AGCAAGAGAAGCCAUGCUGUACACAGACCUCAGACUGAAGAUGAUGACGCUGAUAUGGAUUACAGUGGUGCUUUUUAAAAAAACUGCAGAUUCUGCACAGACAAACAACAUCAAUCAGCCGAACUCAAUGAUCUCUGCUGAUGUUGGUGAUAACGUGACUCUGCACUGCUUUCGACUGGGAGAGGAAAAUACUGAAGCCAUCAUUUGGUACAAGCAAAAAGUAGGACAUGAGCCUUGUGUAAUGGUCACAGUUCAUCACCAGCCCAAUUACGAAGAUGAAUUCAAGCCACCAAAAUUCAGCAUCGAGAAAGAAAAAAUGAGCUGCCAUUUAAAAAUUGCUAAUGUGGAACCAUCAGAUGAAGCCAUGUAUUACUGUGGCAUUCUAAACUAUGUAAAAGAGUUUGGAAAAGGAACAUUUUUAGCAGUGAAAGGUAAACCAGAUUUCAGUGUCUCAGUGUUGCAGAGCAGCGUGUUGGACUCGGUUCCUGCAGGAGCCUCAGUGACUCUGCAGUGCUCGGUUCUCUCUGAGAGCAGAGCAGCAGAUUUCCAAGUGCUCUGGUUCAGAGCUGCUCCACCACAAUCCCAUCCUCAAAUCAUUUACACUCAUCACAACAGCAGCCAUCAGUGUGAGAGCAGCUCUUCUACACAUACCUGUGUGUACAACUUCUCCAAGAACAUCCUCAGCCUCAACGAUACUGGUGCUUACUACUGUGCUGUGGCCGUGUGUGGGAAGAUCAUUUUUGGGAACGGGACACGAGUACAGUUGGAGAGACCUGUAGAUCUUGUGAUCUGCCUCGCCGUAGCUUUGGGACUGUGUGUGGUUGUGAUCUUUGCUUUGAUCUUUGUUCUAACCUGUAAAGGAAGAAGCUGUGAACAACACAGGGUGAGAUUAAAACAAGGUUCUGUGACAGACAAGACCCUCAAUCAGGACUGUGACAAUGUGGAGCUGAAUUACGCUGCCUUACAUCUCAAUGAGAGGAGAGUCAAAAGAGGAAGAGUAAAGAAACAACAACCUCAAGAUAUUAUAUAUUCUGAUGUGCGAGGUCCUUCUAUAACUUAGAUUUUAUCUCUAAGCUGAUUCAACGUCAUUAGUUCUUUUAUUAGGUUUCAUUUUCACUGUAAAUAUGCGAUUGUUAAUGUUCAGACUGAAUUUAAACUGAAAGUGAAUGAUCUAGAAGCCACAAAAGCAAUGAAACACUGGAACACUGGUUCUGUCAAGGAGUGACAGGAGAAAGCAGUUUAAGGCAUUGUUAAGGGUGUGGAAAAACUAAAAAAGCAUAAAGUAUUCUGCCUCUCAUGCUGUAUGCUGAAUAUUAGCAUCUAAAUGUUAUA